AUGGAGGAAUCUGCAUCUUCAUCUUCAUCUGUGACUAUGGUCUCUACUCCUGAACACCAUGAUUUAACUAAAAAGAUAUUUCCAAAGAGAUGUAAUGAAGAGCCACGACUAAAGGAAUUCAUUUUUUCUGAAGCGUCAAUUUGUGGAGUUGAAAACCACGUUACCAAACAGGAUCACAGUGACAUGCUAUUGAGAAUCCUCACUCGGAAACAAAAAAGGAUCGGUCUUAUGCAGUGUGGUAUUUGCAUGGAUGUUAAACGUGGUGACGAAAUGUUCAGGAACCGAAACUGUUGUCACUAUUUUUGUGUUGGUUGCAUUGGAGGAUAUGUGGCUGAAAAGAUUGAGGAGAAUAUAUUAUUGGUGAAAUGUCCUGAAGCACAAUGCAAAGGGGUUCUGGAGGCUGAGUUGUUUGAAACAAUCAUUCCAAAGGAAGUGUUUGAUAGAUGGGACAAUGGUCCUUCUGAGAAUGUGGAGCUUGGAUUACAAAUGUUUUACUGUCCUUUCAAAGAAUGUUCUGCAAACUUCAUUGAUGAUCCUUUUGCAGUUACUUCUCAAUGUCCACGUUGUAGGCGACUGUUUUGUGCAAAGUGCAAGGUUUUGUGGCAUGAAGGGUUAGAUUGCACUGAGUUUCUGAGUUUGAAGAAGGAACGGAGAAGGAUGGAUGAUCUGUUAGCACUCGAUGAAGCAGAUUCACAUAUUUCUUCCUGGGGCAUGGAGGGAGCUUCAUCCGCAUCUUCAUCUAUAACUUUGGUUUCUGCUGCUGAUGAAGAUGAUCACAUCCUAUUCUUCUGUGGUAUUUGCAUGGAUGCUAAAACCACUGGUGAAAUGUUUGAGACUCCAAACUGUUAUCACGCGUUUUGUGAGGAUUGCGUGGGAAGAUAUGUGUUUGCAAAGGUUGUGGAAAAUAUAUCAGAGGUGAAAUGUCCUGAUCCAGAAUGCAGCCAGGUUAUAGAGUCUCGACACUGUCGUUCAGUCCUCACUAAAGAAGUCUUUGAUAGAUGGGAAGAUAACAUUCGCGAGAAUUUAGAGUUUGAAUCACAGUUAUACUGUCCUUUCAAGGAUUGUUCUGCUAUGUUGAUUACUGACGAAGAGGAUGUUGUGAGUGUUUCUGAAUGUCCAUAUUGUAAGAGACAAUUCUGUGCACGGUGCAAGGUUCCAUGGCAUGCAGGAGUAGAUUGCAUCGAGUUUCAGGGUCAAGAUAUACAUUUCGAGAAGCUUGCUACGAAGAAAAGUUGGAAAAGAUGUCCAAAAUGCAGUUUUUAUGUGGAGAGUGUGGGUGGAUGUUCGCGUAUUCGUUGCAGAUGUGGGGAUGAAUUUUGCUAUUCUUGUGGGUUGAAAUGGGAUAGUAGCAAGCACUAUACAUGUCAACCUCGUUAA